AUGCACAAGUUGCUCAACUGUGAUGAUUCCGGAGCCCAGCAGUCCGCUCCAAAAGGCUGCUGGACCCGGCAUCCACCGCCCCCGUGGACCGGUGCGCCCCGCGCGUCCCCGCGCGUCUCUGCGCUGCCGCUAAAAGCUGCCGUUUCGAAUAAAGAGAAAGUGAAAGCGCGCCGUCAUGUGUCGUCACUGCACACUCCCAACCCCCUCUGUGCCAUCCUCCUCAGACUGUCCCAGAGACUACAAGCUCCAGGCUCCAGCAUCCACCGGUGUAUCCACCAGUGUGUCCUCCGCUCCAGCGCCAGCGCGCCCCGGAGACACCGGGCACAUGCACCUACAGGGCGGAUGAUAGAGGUGAGAGCUCCGGAGAUGCCCGGGUUGUCCAUGGAGACCACGAGUGACCCCUGCAGCCCACGGUCAGAUGACGACGGCUCUUCCGACAGAGGGUGGCACCCCCGAGUGGACAGGAGGAGCAGCAGGAGGCUGAGGAACAGAGACGCAGCCAGAAAGAGCAGACAGAAGACCACUGAGAGGGCAGAUGAGCUGCACCAGGAGCUGCAGUGUCUGGAGCGGGACAACUCAUCUCUGCAGAGGGACAUCGCAGCUCUGAAGAAGGACAGGGACUACUACACCUCUCUGCUGGAGACACAUGCCCCACACUGCUGUCUCACAUGCACGUCCACUGAUACUGAGGAUUCCUGCGUGGGACUGUCAGCUGGUUCUGUGACUGUCCCCGCCACUGUAGCACAACCUGUCCCCGCCACUGUCCCACAACCUGUCCCCGCCACUGUCCCACAACCUGUCCCCGCCACUGUCCCACAACCUGUCCCCGCCACUGUCCCACAACCCGUGCCCGCCACUGUCCCACAACCUGUCCCCGCCACUGUCCAACAACCUGUCCCCGCCACUGUCCAACAACCUGUCCCCGUCACUGUCCAACAACCUGUCCCCGUCACUGUCCAAAAACCUGUCCCCGUCACUGUCCAACAACCUGUCCUGACCACUGUUCACAAACCUGUCCCUGCAUCUGUCCCCACCUGUGUCCUUCAAACUGUCUUCACCACUGUCCAUUUGUCUGUCCCCACCACUCUCCAAAAAUCUAUCUCUGUCCCUGUCCACCAAUCCAUCCCUGCCACUGUCCAUCGACCUGUCUCCACCAAUGUCCGUCAACAUGUCCAUCAACCUGUCCCUGCACCCGUCCCCAACACUGUCUGUACCAAUAUCCACACCCGUGUUUCUGCCAGUGUCCCUUCCACAGCCCUCACCUAUGUCCCCACUGCUAUCUGUACCGCUGUCUCCAACUGUGUCCCCACCACUGCCUCACCUCAUAUCUCCACACAUCUCCCUAUCACUGUUUUUGACUCUAUCACUACCAGUGUCCCCACCAAUGUCCCCAUCCAUGUUCCUGUCUCCGCCCAUGUCCACACUUCUGCCUCUUUCCCAAAUGUCUGUCCAUUUCCUAGCUCCAGCACUCCUGAGAUGUCCUACUCUGUUCCUGUCCCCCCAUACUCACCUCUCUCCCUCCCAUCUACCUCCAACCUGGACCAACAGACUUCCAGCAAUGUCCCCUGGCUUGGUCCACCCUGUCCCACUGUCCCUGUCCCGACCCACAUCCACCAGACAUCCCCCACUGGGAACAAAAUCAUGGACAGGUCUGCUUGUCUGGGCGCUCCUGUCACAGAGGCCUUCACAGCGCUGUCAACUGUGCACCCUUGGUCCCUCGUACCCCCGGUCAGCUCGGGGCCCUCUCUCAGCCUGGCCCCACAGUUGACCCAUGACCUCCUGACCCCUGGACCAGUGGACUCCCCUUUGUCCAGUAACAUCCUGGACAUGUCACAGUUCGAUGACAAUCUAGUGCAGUUCCUCGAAGAGUAUGAGUGGAUAUGGAAUAUUUAAUAAUGCAGUUUUAACAUUGUGCCAAAAAAGUUAUUGUUGUUUGUGUAGCUGAUUCUCUGUGAUGCUAACUGAAUGCACUACUCUGAGACUUUAAUCUGAUCUUUAUUUAAAUACGGUCUGACAAGAAAGAGCUGGCUUAGCUAGAACUAAAAUAGAUGGUCUGAUUUACUGUUAAGCAAGUCUCUUAAACAGAACACAUAGCUCCUAUUGGUCACAGGCUCCUGAAAAUAUGUUGUUAAAAAUCAAUUUCUUCUUGAA